CCCGACCGCGCAGUAGAGCCGCCCGCAGCCAAGAUCCAAAGUUUCCCCAACACAUCUUCCUCCUCCUGCCGGCUGCCGCGACUGGUCAUCCAACAGUCGCCGUCGAACGCCGGGCAUCGAAGUUCGAAGGUUUUUGUUCAAUAAGCAUACUUCCUGGAACAACAUGCCUAAGAUAAAGACGAGCCGUGUGAAGUACCCCGAAGGAUGGGAGCUUAUUGAACCAACUCUCCGUGAUUUGGAAGCCAAAAUGAGAGAAGCCGAGAAUGAUACACAUGAUGGGAAGAGGAAGUGUGAGGCCCUCUGGCCAAUCUUCCGCAUUUCUCAUCAAAAGAGCCGCUACAUAUAUGAUCUCUACUACCGAAGGAAGGAAAUCAAAAAGGAGUUAUAUGAGUUUUGCUUGGACCAAGGUUAUGCAGACAAAAAUCUGAUUGCUAAAUGGAAAAAGCCAGGUUAUGAACGCCUUUGUUGCCUCCGUUGCAUACAGACACGAGACCACAACUUCGCAACCACUUGUGUCUGCCGGGUCCCCAAGCACCUCAGGGAAGAAAAGGUGAUAGAGUGCGUCCAUUGCGGCUGCAAGGGGUGCGCCAGCGGAGACUGAAGUUGGCCAACUCGCGGUUGAGAAUAAUCUGAAACUAAUCGCUCGAGGAUGUUGUUUGAUUUGAUCCCUGGUGAAAACAAGUACCGCAUUACCAGGUGAUCCGUGCAAUUUGUGUAUUGUAAAAUCUUGGGCGGGUGGUACGUUUGUAAUGUAAGACCAGUUCUCCGACGUGGAAGCUCGUAAAACUAUACUGAUAACAUGCUACCCUGAUCUUCCAUAAUGGAUACUGUACUUUGUAUUGUUA